CGGCUCCUCCUGCCCUCCGCAGCUCCGAGACCGCCCGAGCGCCCGGCAUGUCGGCCGACAUGUGGGUGGGCCCGUGGAGGCCCCACCGGCCCCGCGGGCCCAUCGCCGCGCUCUACAGCAGCCCCGGGCCCAAGUACGGGCUCCCGACGAGCGUGGGCUACCACCUCCACGACCCGUCCCGCUGCCGGGCUCCGGCCUACAGCUUCGGCCUGCGCCGCCUGCAGCAAGACGACGACCGCUCCCCCGGGCCGGCCUACAUGCUCCCCGCCAAGACGACCAUGCGGGGCAAGGACGGGACCCCCGCCUACUCCAUCCACGGCCGCCCCCGGGACCUGCAGAGCUUCUGCACCCCCGGGCCAGGUCGCUAUUCCCCAGAGAAAGCUGGGAAAUGGGCCUUUCCUGCGGCCCCCAUCUACUCCCUCGCCUCCCGCACCAAGGAGUUCUCCAACGACCAGACGCCAGGGCCUGCUGCCUACGGGCUCCCCCCGAUGAUGGGGCCCAAAGUCAUUGGCAAGAGCUCGGCCCCCAACUACUCCAUCCUCGGGCGCAGCCUGAUCGGUAGUUUCUGCGAGGACUUGUGCAAAACACCAGGCCCCUGCAACUACCGUGCGGUGGACUCCAACGUGUACAAGACACGGGCCCCCCAGUUCAGCAUGCUGGCUCGCAACGUGCUCCCCGGUGACAACACACAGAAGCCCGGGCCGGGCACCUACAGCCCGGAGAAGUACUCCCAGCACCGCGGGCAGACCUUCGGCAUCCGCCACUCGGACUACCUGGCUCCUCUCAUCGUGGACGUGGCAGAUUAACCACGAUGCGCCGUGUGGCCUGGCACUGCCGCGGGCGCCCAAGCAGGACGGGCUGGACAACAAGCGGGCAUCCGUAC